AUGAGCGUCCCUCUAGGUGAUAUCAUUUGGACCUGUUUCAAGCCGAUGAUUAAAAUUUACUUGAUCAUCGGUACAGGAUUUGGACUAGCUAAAAUAAAUAUCCUUUCAGUGGAAGCUACUAGAGCCAUUUCAGAUAUUGUUUUAACGCUUUUAAUGCCGUGCUUGGCAUUUAGCAAGAUCGUGGGUAAUAUUCAAGAUAGUGACAUCAAAAAUGUUGCCAUAGUGUGUCUAAGUUCACUUCUCAUAUUCGGUACCGGAUUAUUUGGAGCCUUCGUAAUUAGCAAAACAAUGCCAGUACCAAAACAAUGGCGUGGUGGUAUAUUAGCCGGGGGUAUGCUCCCCAACAUUAGUGAUCUGCCCAUUGCAUACAUCCAAACGUUGGACCAAGGUUUGGUGUUUACUGAAGAAGAAGGUAAUAAAGGUGUUGCCAAUGUCAUCAUUUUUCUAACGAUGUUUCUACUGUGUUUGUUCAAUUUAGGUGGAUUUCGAUUAAUCGAAUCUGAUUUUAAAUAUAAUGAUGAGGAAUCUGGCAGCACAGAAGCUGAUAAUUACGAACCCACACAACAACUAUCGAUUCCUGAUGAAAAUAGUAGCAGUGAACUCUCAGGCAAAGAAGCCUAUGGCCAGGUACAAAAGCCACCUUCAUCUGCAUCACCAUUGGAAAAUUUAUCAAGAUCACCUAGUCAUAAUCAUCCCCCAAGCAUAGCAUCAAACCCAACAACCGUAGCAUCUUCUCCGAAUGGAUAUAAUAAUCCCGAGCGUAGUCAACCAUUGGCAUAUACACAAAAUUCACAAACUGGAAGCUUGAGAAUGAGACGGCCAUCAGUGAGUGAGUCUAUUCGUACUAUCGAUAGAAGAGAAAUGCCUCCCGAAGAUGUUACCCACUUAAUUCGUGAAUAUUCGAACGUUGACCAAUACGGUCACCGUCGUAGAAGUACUACCGCCAGAAGUACGAGUAAUGAUUUUGGUGAACUACCCAGAACUUCAACCAGGGGUCAAUCAUCCAUGGAGAGAAUUAGAUCUUCAACGCUGACUAGAAUGUUAACCUCAGACGCUACCGUUGGUAAAGAAGAUAUUGAAGACUCAGGUAAGGGUUCAUUACCAAAAUGGAUGCGUAAGGUCCGCAUAACGAAAUAUUUCAUUUUCUUUUUAAAGAAUUGUUUGAGACCUUGUUCCCUGGCUGUCAUUGUAGCUUUAACCAUUGCAUUUAUUCCCUGGGUCAAAGCAUUAUUUGUCAGUGGACCAGGCAUCCCACAUAUUAAUCAGGCGCCUGAUCAACAACCACCUCUAAGUUUUAUUAUGGAUUAUACUAGUUAUAUUGGGGCUGCUUCAGUUCCGUUCGGUUUAUUACUUUUAGGUGCAACUCUAGGAAGGUUAAAGAUUAAAAAAUUGUAUCCUGGUUUCUGGAAAUCGGCACUUUUGUUAGUUUGUUUGCGACUAUGCAUCAUGCCCAUCUUAGGAGUUCUUUGGUGUAAUCGUCUCGUAAGAGCAGGUUGGUUACACUAUGAUGAGGAUAAAAUGCUCCUCUUUGUCAUUGUCCUUGAUUGGGGAUUACCUACAAUGACGACAAUCAUCUAUUUCACUGCAAGUUACACUCCACCGGACGCUAAAGAAACUGUUCAAAUGGAUUGUGUUUCAUUCUUUCUAAUGAUUCAAUACCCUAUCCUAGCUAUCAGCCUACCAUUUUUGGCUAGCUUCUACAUCAAGGUCAAAUUGAAGGCAUAG